UGCAUUUAUAAAUAUGUGUAUAUAUAGAAGUCAUUAUUGUUCAAAUCAAUAUAACUAUAGGUAGAGAAACCCUUUUCUCCCUCCCCAACUAAAAACCUCCCCCAAAAAGCAAUCAAAAUGGCCUAUAUGGUUUUUGCAUCAUCACCUUUGAAUGCUCAAUCAUUUAUCAAACUAAGAACAAACUCAAAUUAUUCUCAUUAUUCAUGUUAUGUUCCUUCACCCUCUAGGGUACAUUUAUCCUACAAGAAUAUUUCUCAUAUUGAGUCUUCCAAAUCUUUAUUUACAAAGGGCGAUCAUAAUUUCUCUUUUUCAUCACCAAAGUUUCCAAGAGUUGUUUCAACAUAUUCUCCAUCUUUGAAUAUUAUUAAAGCUAGUACAAAAGAAAAUGUAUAUCAGUACAUAGCAUAUGAUUUGAAUAAAAAAAGAUGGAUCCAGCUCAACGAGGAGUACCAGAGUAUGAUUCUGCUAAUUGUUAAUAUUCCUCAGCAAGGUAAUAAAUGGGCAAAAAUGGAGAUCGAAUAUCUCAAUGAUCUACGUGAACUGUACAAAGACAAAAAAAGCUCGUUUGGGAGAGGAUUUGAGGUUCUAGGAUUUUUUUAUGACAUGGAAGAUCACCAUUUUACAAAAUCCUCUCACCAAUGGUGGAGAUGGGGGGGAAAACAAAUUCCUAAAAUUGCAUCGGAAGAAGAAGAAAUUAUUAUCGGAGAAGCAGAAAUUCGUCAACUUGCUAAUUUUCCAAUUUUCGGAAAGGUUAAAGUGAAUGAUAAUCAUGACAAUAAUCUUUGGUAUUUUCUGAGAAAAUCAAAAGAAAUUGAUAAAAUUGAGCAUGAGUUUGAAAAUUUUCUAAUAGAUGGGUUUGGAGAACCUAUAGAACACUUCAUUUGGUUUACUGGAGAAACAGUGGUACAACCUUAUUGGUUGCCCCAACCAGGAGGGUAUCCUGGCAAACCAGGAGAGUCAAUCCGUGUACAGGAAGGAGAGGUCACCAAAGUUAUUACUAAAAUAAGGCAACGGUACAGUGAAGCUGACAAAAAGAAGAUUAAGAAAAAUUACAAAGCUAAAAAGUUUAUCAUAUGUGGCAUUGGAGCUGAGGAGUAUAAUAAGAUCUCAGCAUAUGAAUCAGCCAAAGAGAUUUGGGAUUGUCUGAAGAAUGCAUAUGAGGGAACAGAGCAAGUCAAAGAAUCCAAAGCUAGCAUGCUAACCACUCAAAGAAAGGCAACAACAGAUCUUGUGGUGAAGAAGACACUUGGUGUUUUGAAAAACUCCUCAAGUGAAUCUGAAGAGUCAGAAUACCCUGAGGAUGCAUCUAUGCUGGUAAUGAAAGAUGAUGACAAACUCUUCAACACAUUUUUUUCUUUCAUGGAAAAAUCUGAUGAUAAAGCUGAAGAAGAGGUGAUUCUCACAGUCAGAAGAUGCAAAAACAUGUAUGUGGCUGAUCUCAGUUCUGCUCAAAGUGACAACCUGACAUGCCUUAGGGCUCAAGAUGAAAGUGUUUAUCUAUGGAAAAGAAGACUGGUACAUGUGAGCACAUCUCUUCUUAACAAACUUAUUGUUGGGGACCUGGAUGAGGUAGCGGAUGUAUUGAUCAUCUUUGCCAAGAUGAUUCAGACGAAGAUGAACUACAAGACAGCAGGGAUCAGUCAAAAGCACCCAGAACCUGAUGAUGAAAAUGAUGAAGCUGAUGGAGCAGGUGAUACUGAAGAUUCUCAACUGAUAUCAAGAGCUUCAGGAUAG